CCGUCACGUGGGCUCCCGUUUGGUCAUGUGAUAUUGCAGAUGACAAUAAACUGAACUGACAACAAUUCUGCGUAGAAGUAGCCUUAGUACGAAUGACACUAUGAAGGGACUAGUGUCCUGUGCGCUUAAUUUUGUAGCCAUGCUGUUGGCUUUAAGUGUCGUUUGCUUGUCAUUAGCAGAGGCGCUAUAUCUUCGAUCCUUUCCAGAGCAAGAAGGACAAUUUUGGCAUAUAACUGACUUGCAUCUGGAUCCAACCUACCACAUCACUGAUGACCAUACAAAAGUGUGCUUCUCCUCCAAAGGGUUUCCAGCCAAAAAUCCAGGGGUCUUUGGUGACUACAUGUGUGACUCACCUUAUUUACUCAUCCAGUCUGCCUUUGAUUAUAUGAAAAAUGUAGAUCUACAGCCAAAAUUUAUAAUUUGGACUGGAGACAGUCCACCACAUGUUCCUCCAGAGGAGCUUUCCACUGAUAUUGUGAUAAAUGUUAUACGCAACAUGACUAACACUAUUCAAGCAUUCUUCCCAGAUCUUCAGGUCUAUCCAGCAUUAGGAAACCAUGAUUAUUGGCCUCAAGAUCAGCUACCAGUUUCAACAAAUAAAAUAUAUGAAGCCGUUACUGAACUUUGGAAACCUUGGCUAACACCUGAAGCUCUGAAGACUUUGAUUAAAGGUGGCUUUUACUCACAAAUGAUUGACCAAAACCUUAGAAUAAUAAGUCUUAACACUAAUCUGUACUACAGUCCAAACAAUGAGACUUUAGGUUUGCCAGACCCAGCUGGACAGUUUGAGUGGCUGGAAGAAGUGUUACAAGCAUCCUUAAAGAACAACGAGAAGGUAUAUAUCAUUGCUCAUGUUCCUGUUGGAUACUUGCCCUUUACAAUAAAUACCACUGCAAUGAGAGAGAACUUCAAUGAAAAGCUUGUGGAAAUAUUUCGUAAUUACAGUAGUAUUAUUGUUGGUCAAUUCUUUGGCCAUACUCACAGAGACAGCAUAAUGGUUCUCCAUGAUACGGAAGGUAAUCCUGUCAAUUCCUUGUUUGUUGCACCAGCUGUAACACCAAUCAAAAACUUUUAUGAACUUCAGACAAAUAAUCCAGGCUUUCGGCUGUACAAGUACAAUCUUGCAGACUACACUUUAUUAGACAUCUGGCAGUACUACAUGAACCUCACGGAAGCCAAUGAGCAAAAAAAACCUGACUGGAAACUGGAGUACAUCAUGACCAAGGAUUUCAACAUAAAUGACCUCCAGCCAAAAAGUCUCCAUGACCUUGUAAAACAGUUUGAAAAACCACAAAGUCAGGAAUUUCAAAAAUAUUAUCGUAAUUUUAUUGUAAGCUAUGAUCAACAUAUUGUUUGUGAGGGGAUUUGUAAGAGAGAGCAGGUGUGUGCUAUACAGUUUUUAGACUAUGAAUCCUAUACUAAUUGUUUUAGAUAGUAUAGUUAAUCAGUUGAUGGUAUAACAACUAUAUAAUCACAAUAGGAAUUUUGAAGAUAAAGCAAAUCUUUAAGGGAAGUCAAAGUAAAAUCCAAAGAAUUAAUUUCUCUUUAGUUUUUAUCCCUCAUGCACUUACUCAGGGAGUACUAAAUGGAGGAUGUGUGAAAUUGACAUCUCAAAGCAAUCAUAUUCUGUCCUGCCUUUACAGUUUUGUGCUCUCUUAGUUUGCCUGUCUCCUAAUUUAUACAUUUUAUAGUUGUCUGGAUUAUUUCUCAACUAAAAACUCAAGUCAAAGGUUCUGUUUCAUUAAUCUCCAGUAGUAGCAGUAGUAUUGUAGUAGUGUGUACAGAAUACAGUGAAAUUCUUACUUACAUGUAUAACUAACGUAUAACAUGUCACCGCUCUUUUGUGCCAUGAUAAACAACAAUGUAUCAAAAUACUUAACUUCCUAUUAUCUGAAAACUUGUGGAUAAAACUCUGAAACAAAUUUGAGCAUAGUUAGAAUCUACAUAUAAGCCUUAUGCAUACAUGAAGCUGAUCUGCAGUAGGUCUUUGUAGUAGAAAAAGAAUGCAGAGAUAUAUUACAUUGUUACAAUGAGCAAAAUCUCUAAUCAGCAAGGAAUGAAAGAAAUGCUUCUUUGGCAAGCUAUGACUCUUACUAGGAUCCACACUUUCUUGUCAUAUCAUAUCACAUACAAAUUAUAUGUAUAAUACAAUGUUUAGUGAAAUGCUUACUUUACAGAAGCUCAAAAGAAAAUAUCUUAUAUAUAUGUACAUACACACGCCCCCACAUAAGAACUUCUAGCUUGAAAAAGAAAGCUGUUUCUGUCAAUGACAGGCUUGUAGGUGGGAGUAGGAUGUGGUCAGAUCUGCUCAGUUGUACUGCAGGUUUACAUUUAAAGGCAUUACCAUUUAAAUAGAGCAAGUCCAGCUUGUUAAGUCCACAACUCCAACAUGCUAACUGAAGUUUGUUCAUUCUGAUUUCCUAACAGUAUUCUAGGGUCAGAAUUAUUGAUUCAUUAGAAUAUGAGUACAGCAUGAAUCAUUUCUGUUCCCGAGUUAAUAAACAUUUAUUCAGGAUAACAAAACUUAUCUCCCUAAGCAGUAAAAUGGAGACAUUGUCACUAUUUCAAUGACUAGAUCACACAUUAUAGUUUAAAUUGUAAUACACUCUCCUUUUCAGCAUUGCUUAUUUACUCAGUUUUGGUCCUCCUGCCUUUUGCAGUCCGUUUGAUUGUAUCAAGUGAAAACCAUCCAGCAUUAAAAUAGAGUCUGAAAGAAGAAGUUUAGACCAGUUGUCUGCAGCGAACAAAUGCCAAAGUUCUUGAACUCAUCGUGACUCACCAUGACAUGUAAAAGUUCAUCCAACUUAUUUAAAAGUGAUACUUUCCACUUCACUUUUGUUUUUGCUCCAUAUUCUUUCCAUCUUUGGGUGAGUUGCUCCUGUGGUAAUGUGCAACAGGCAGCCUUGAUCACAGUGCUACCAGGUGAUUAUGGGAACAUUUAAUAUCUCUCACUUUAUGUUUUCAGAAUCUCUUACAUUCUCCAGUGUUAUACAGUUGGCACUCAUCAGAUUCUUUCAUUCUUUGAUGUUCCAACAAUGAUGGAUGGAUUAAAAGCCAGAAGUCUGUAUAACCAUCAGCAUCAAAUGACUCCGUGAGAACCCUAACUACAAAGAGGACUAUUUCAUUUAUGUUAGGUAGAAUGCCCAAAGGGGACUGGGCGGUCUCGUGGCCUGGAACCCCUACAGAUUUUAUUUUUUUCUCCAGCUUUCUGGAGUUUUUUUUUUGUUUUUUCUGUCCACCCUGGCCAUCGGACCUUACUCCUUAUUAUGUUAACUAAGGUUGUCUUAUUUUAAUUUCUUUUUUGUCUUUUAUUCUUCUUUUCUUCAUUAUGUAAAGCACUUUGAGCUACUUUUUGUAUGAAAAUGUGCUAUAUAAAUAAAUGUUGUUGUUGUUGUUUCAGUCCUCUGCUCUCCCAGCUCAUUUAAAAGGUGUUUGAUACAGGGAGACUACUUGAGCCUGCAUCUGCAAUGACAACAGCAUAUUGCCAAUUUAAAAAUUCAUUUAAGAGAAUAGCAAUAAGCCAGAGCUCAAAUCUUAAUCUUAAUGUUAAUAUUAAGUAAAUUGGUUAAUAAUCACAAAAAGGAACCCCUCCCCAAAAAAAGAGCUUCUGUAAAUGGCAUUUUGUCAUUUACAUUAAUGUAGUCAAUGAAAUUUCUUGCUUCAGAAUGUUUUUAUUACCCUUAGGGAUUUAAACAUUACAGCCUUACUAAACUCCCCAGUAUACUAUGACGGUACAGUGUAAAUACAGAUUUUUUUGUAAUUUUUACUUUUAAAUGUUGGAAAAUUUCAAUUGUUGUUGUAUUGUUCACACAUUUUCUAAACUGAAUAAUUCAAAAUAACUAAUUUAAAAUGCUCUUCUCUAGCUAGUUUUCCUCUCACCACAUUUUUUUGGAGAAUGUCUAGCUUUAUUUUACAUGCAUUCAAAGUUGUGCCAUAUUUGUGUAAUUUUUUGUAAUGGGCCUUAUUGUUCAUUGAUAUUCAUUGAGUAUUCUCAUACUUAUCUCCUGAGAGGUUCUUUUAAAGAAACAUAAUAGCAGUAACCUUUUGUACAAAAAAUGCAUUCUAUGGUGUUUCACAACUAAUAAAACAAUGAUUCACCAAUAAAACCCAAAUUAUAAUAGAAAAGGUAACAAACAUAAAAGAUUUAGUAAAUAUACAAAUUUUAAAUGGACUGUAUAAGAAAAAAAUAAAAAUAUAGAAAACACAAAUGUUUUGAACUCAAAGUAAAUUUUCACUUACCAUUCAUCCAUCUAUCCAUUUACUUUACUCUUUGUCAGUAAGUCAGUGUAUCAUGAUGCCAGAGCCUAUCCAAGCAGCAUUGUGUCCAAAGCAAGAAUUAAUCUUGGGCAAGGGCACUUGAAAAUGUUAGUAACAUUCUCACCAGGUUUGGUUUGAACUUCCCUUUGUCUUAAUGAUGCACUUAUUGAUGAAUUAUUUGCUGGACAUUUAGGGGAUUUAUCAGUUGCUGAUACAUUGAAUCUGAGCUCAUGGAAUAAAAGUAUGUAACUUCUAAAGAUAACUGAUAUCUGUUUUUAUAUUGAUAAUUCAUUAGUUAUUUUUUCUUUGACAUUGUAGA